CCCCCUCAUCUCCAUUAAGGGCUUUGAGUACGAGCGCUGCAGGUAUAUAAACACAGAGUCUGAGCCACAGAGCAGAGAGACUGCAGAAAGAAAGAGACGCUGCUCUUUGUUCUGCAUUUCUUCUUUCACUCAGCAGCUCCAUCCACCCAUCACCUGCAGACAUGAACGCAGCAGUGGCAGCACCUGGAGGAAACAAGGCCGCACCCCCCAAGUUCAAACAGAAGGAGACGAGACAGUUCAAGAGCAAAGCUCCCAAAGCUGGACAGAAGGGAUUUGAUGAUGUUCCAGGGAUGGAGAGUCUUGGAGGUGCGGAGGUGGUCUGCCCCUGGGAGGCGUUUGGAGACAUGGAGCUGAGCGACCUGGCUCAGUUCGGCCUCGUUUAGCUCUGGAGCCAAAAGGAAACAGUUUAUUCCUGGCGGCUGCGAUCCAGCAGCUUUUCUUUCUCCUUCCUCACAAACUCUCCCUCAAGCUGUGGAGACGAGUCUGAUGAUGGAACCAUCCGAGGACGACUGAUGAGAGGAGAAGACUUGAGUGGAGGAACAAGCUCAUGGACGGCAGCACCCAGAAUGACUCUUCUCCUGUCGUCUGCCCCCAGCCGCAGGUGGUAGCAUCAGUCUGAGCUCUACGUUAUCUUUACAUGUCAGUGAUGUCAGGAAGUCUGUGUUGUGGACUUGACGUCCUGUGUAGCCCGGCACACGUGUAAGAGUGUAACACGCUGUACCGCUGCUCGGGUUCAGUCACAGAGACGAUCAGGAAUCAACACGUCUUCAAUGUAAAUAAUGUGAAUGUCUGUCUAUCUAUCUGUCUAUCUAUCUAUCUAUCUAUCUAUCUAUCUAUCUAUCUAUCUAUCUAUCUAUCUAUCUAUCUAUCUAUCUAUGAUAUAAUAAAAUCCGUUUUAGUGUA